CGAAAAGUGUAUAAACAACUACGUUGUGCUGCUAUGUAACUGUAAACAUGGUGUCAGUGACCUUUAUACUGGCCUUUGGAAGACAAGAUCAGCCAGGAACCAGAAGAAACAGAGAAGGUACCGUACGAGAGCAACAGACGAUCAAAACUUUAACCAGCAUAAAUGGUUAUAUAAUAUAAUUCUUUCUUAAUACGCGAAGACUUAUAUGAAUAAAAAUUGUAUAUUAACCAAAGGUCAUUAUUGAUUUAACAUUUUAAAGAAUCGAACAGCAAAGAUGUCUUUCAAAAGUCCUGGAAAUUGUUUGACAUCUAGACGCAUAUUGGAAAUGUUUGAAAAUAACAUAGACGAGAAAGAAUUGUUGCUCAGUCUAACAUCGACUAACAAUUUAGAAUAUUUUAUGAAUAAAUCUGAUUUGAAGUGGGAAACAAUUUCUGCUUUUGUACACAUCGUAAGCACGGCCCUUGGUGGCAGAGGUAAUGCGGACUUGAUGUUACGGCUGUUGUGCGAUAUUUCAGAUUCAAGCCUUCUAGGAUUCGAUGGCUUGAGCUUACUACAGCAGUAUGACGAACAUCUAGAAUGUUUUCAUCCACUAAACUGUCUCUUAGAUGAUUUUAUUCUGAUAAUUCAGCAGCUGUUUAUGAGAACACCAAGUUCUGCAAUUACACCACAGACAAUUGGAUUAAUUGAUUUUCUUAACCAAAAGAUCAUAACCAGCGACUCUUUAGUUGAAAAGGAAACAAAACUCAAUAACGUUUCGAAAUUAAGACAGGAUAUAAUUCACACCUUAACAGAAAAGGCCAAAUGUAAGACGAUAUCAAAAGUUGAAGAGGACUUUGAGGAUAAACUGUUACCACCAGACGAUUUUCGUAGACUUCCCAUCAUACCGAGCGAUCGAGACGUAUUUGAACCUACCGAAUUUCUUCGUCGAAACAAGUCAAAAGGGCAAUAUUUAAACCUUGAACAUUAUCUUGAUGUUCAGUUUAGAUUAUACAGAGAGGAUUUUAUUUGUCCUCUUAGAAGCGCGGUGAAAGAGUAUAUGCAAAUAAAUCAAGAUGAAAAUCAACCACGUGGUCGUCAUAUUCGGUUAGAAGAUGGAAGGUUAUAUCGUAAUGUACAAAUUUUAGGGACCACGUUAUCACCUGAGUUUGGAUCGGUUUAUGAAAUCAAACUCGAUUAUCAACAUGUAAAGAAAAUAAACUGGUUUACCUCAAAGAGACUUAUCUAUGGGUCUCUUGUCUGCCUUUCAUUUGAUAAUUUUCGCACAGUUUUAUUCGCAGUUAUAGUUGAUUCUGACAGAAAUCAUUUGGAGCGGUUAGGUAUAUUCAAAGCACAAAUAUUCACAACAAGAAAUCACCAAAAUAUCCCACGUAACAUCAACGGUGUAAUGAUUGAGUCAUCAUCAGCAUAUUUUGAAUCUUAUCGCCAUGUUUUGGCGGCCCUAAAAAAGGUUAAAGGGCAAAUACCAUUCAAAAGAUACAUUGUCGAUUGCGAAAGGGAUAUUUUCCCACCGAGUUAUAUUAGAGAAGGGUCUCACACUUAUAACUUCAAACCUAUCACGAAACAAAGUGAUUGUGUGAAUAUUAUGAAUAUUGAAGAAUGGCCUAGUAUGGACGAUUUACACCUUGAUGCUGCUCAAUGGGAAGCAUUUCAUGCCGCUUUAACCAAAGAGUUCGUUGUAAUACAAGGUCCCCCGGGUACAGGCAAAACCCACAUAGGAUUACAAAUUGCUAAAAUACUACUGUACAACAAGAGAGUUUGGAGUGAUCGGAAUGUUUUAAUGGAUGAACACAUGUUAUACAGAAGAAUUCCGGAUGAUGAAGAUAUGUUUGAAUAUGAGUGUAAAAAUUCUGUCAUGGUUGUCUGUUUUACAAAUCAUGCCUUAGACCAGUUCCUUGAAGGAAUAAUAAAAUUUCAAAGUUUCAUUCCGAAGGAAGAUAUUGUCAGAAUAGGGAGUCGAUGUAAAAAUCCAUCAGUUGAAAAGUUUACCUUAUUUAAACAUCGAUCGAAGUUCCUAUCGAACUAUCGCAAAACAGCUUACAAACUACAACGUAUGAAAAACAUAGAUAGCAACACCAUUACACUUGUUGACAGAUUGAAAUCACGCAUGAUGCAAAUCAAAUCAAGAUUAACGGCUAUUCAAAAUAAACACAUUGUUCUUGGCUUCAUUGUUUUAAAGACUGUAAUUUCCAGCGAUCAUAGAAAAGAAUUCGGAGAAAAGCCAGACAAGAAAUUCUACCGAUGGCUUCAAGUUACGGAAGAAUUUUGGUACCAAGAAGUUGAGAAAAUCUAUCAAGGACGCCCAAAUGGUUUAACAGGCCGAGACAUAAAUAACCACAUUACUGACGAUGAUGCAGUUUAUAUUGAUAUUACAAGUGAAGCAGAAUUCGAAUAUGCUGAAAGACACAUAGAAGAUGACGAAUACGAUGAAGCAGGUAGUACCGAAAAUUUAGGUUUAGACAUCAUAAAACAGCUAAAGAAAAACGAAAAGAAAAAUAUUGAGGAAAGGUGUCGUGACGUAUUGCGCAAUGAGGCAGAAAAAGUGAAACAAAACAUCAAAUUUGGAGAAAAGAUUAUCAAAGAAACAGCAGAAAUCAUCACAAAUCUCUGGGAACUAACUUUAGAAGAUCGCUGGAAGUUUUAUCGUUUCUGGGUCUCCGAGUAUAUAAAAUCAGAAAAACAACAACUGCUAGACACUGAAGAACUAAUCAGUGCAUUGUUUGAUAGAUACAAAAAAGCUAAACUUCAAAUUGAUGAACUGAUUAUGAGCAAAGCAUCUGUUAUUGCACUGACAACAACGGCUGCAGCCCGAUAUUACGAUUCUCUAGCAAAACUGAAACCAACAAUUACAAUUAUAGAGGAGGCUGCUGAAGUAUUGGAAGCACAUAUUGUUACAGCCCUCAGUCAAAAUUGUCAACACGUCAUUCUUAUAGGUGACCACAAACAACUGGAACCUAAACCAGCUGUUUACGAACUUGCAGUUAAAUACAAUUUGUCGGUCUCUCUUUUUGAAAGAAUGAUAAAUAACGAUUUACAUUAUUAUUGCCUGCAAAGACAACAUAGAAUGAGACCUGAUAUUGCAGAUCUGGUCAGACAUAUUUAUCCUACUUUGGAAGACAACGAAAAUGUAACUUAUUACGAAGAUGUUAGAGGAAUUCGACAGAAUCUUUACUUUAUCAACCAUUCGAGCCCUGAAGUUUACAGCGAUGAUGGAAGAAGUUAUUCCAAUGAAUUCGAAGCUGAAUAUGCAAAAGAAUUAUGCAGAUAUUUGUUGAACCAAGGCUACAAGCCUAGUCAAAUAACGAUUUUAGCAGCCUAUUCAGGUCAGAUGUAUUGUAUUCAAAAGAAAAUGCCUAAAGCAGAAUUUGAAGGUGUCACCAUAUGUGUUUUAGACAACUAUCAAGGCGAAGAAAAUGAAGUCAUCAUCUUGUCCUUAGUCAGAAGCAAUCAGAACGAGGGUAUAGGGUUUCUUAAUAAAGAAAACAGGAUAUGCGUUGCAUUAUCUCGAGCCAAGAAGGGACUGUACAUCAUAGGCAACAUCGAUACUCUGACAAAGAAAUCCAAACAUUGGCAGGUUAUAUCUAAUAAACUAAAAAGUAAAAACGGUAUCGGCAAAGGUUUGUUUUUGUAUUGUCAAAAUCACCCCGAAAAGCAGGAAAUUCAAGCAAUAUCUCCAUUGGACUUCCUAAAAGCCCCUGAUGGUGGAUGUGGUAUUCUCUGUGAGUUUAGGCUGGAUUGUGGUCAUGCAUGCCGAUUUAGAUGUCACAAUUUUGAUAGGGAUCAUACCGAAUAUAAAUGUAUGAAAAACUGUCCAAGGACAUGUCCGGACGAACACCAAUGCCGUAGAAGAUGUCACGAACCCAAUCCAUGUGAAUGCUCUGUACAAAUAGAAAAACAACUUCCAUGUGGACAUAUUAACCUAGUAAAAUGUUAUAUGGAGCCAUCAGAGCAUAAAUGUAAUACAGAAGUAGAGAGACUUCUCAAAUGUGGCCAUACCGCUAUAAUGCAUUGUCACACAAAAGUUGACAGCUUUAAGUGUAAAGAAAAAGUAAUCGAUACGAGAUCUAAAUGCAGUCAUGAAUACGAAAAAGAAUGUCACAAAUCUAAGCGUGUAUUCGAAGAUGAAAUCAAAUGCUUGAUACAAACAGAAAAGACCUUCAAGACGUGCAAACACAAGAUAAUCGUAGGAUGUCAAACUGAUUUAGAUAAAAUAAAUUGCAAGGAAUACGUCACAAAGAAAUUCAACUGCGGACAUACAGUUGAAGUAGUUUGCUAUCUAGCAAAAAAUGUAACUUGCAAAGAAAAAUGCACAAAGGUUUGCGACAAACUUCAUGUGUGUAAUAGGAUAUGUCAUUAUCCUACUCCAUGUAAUUGUUCCGACAUUAUAGAAAGAGUCAUAUCCGGAUGUCAGCAUGUACAGAAAAUGGCUUGUUCAGAGGACUUGAACACGUUUGAAUGUUUGGAAAUUGUACACAAAACCUUACCAACAUGUGGCCAUGUAAACAAGGUAGAAUGCUAUAAAAAUCCAAAGGAGAUUUGUUGUUCAUUUGAUAUUAAAAAGAAAAUGCCUAACUGUCAACACGAACAAAUCCUUCCAUGUAGUGUAGAUCCGGUAUUAGACCAUGUCAGGUGUAUGUCGAACGUUGACGUAUACUUAAAAACAUGUGGACAUUCUCUCAGCGUUAAGUGUUGGGAAUCAAAAGAGGAAAGGGAAGAAUCAGCUUUACAAUGCAAUGUAGCAGUUCCAUAUACUUAUUCGUCAUGUAACCACACAACCAAUAUCCCAUGUAGUAUGAAACAAGUCAUCGAUAAAAUCGAUACUGCAGAAAACCCAAUGAAUACGAUUGAUAUACCUUUAUGUUGUCUUCACAUUUCGCAAAAAUUACCCUGUGGGCAUUCGAUUCAAAUUGAAUGUCAUAGAGCUGGACUUCCUAUAAAAUGUACUUCAAAAUGCCAGAAACUGCUUUCAUGUGGCCAUAUUUGUACGCAUCUUUGCAUUGAAUGUCAGGACGGCAUGAUCCACAAAAUAUGUCAAAGAAAAUGCGAAAAGGAGCAGCUAUGUGGACAUAAAUGCAACGGUUACAAUUGUCUACAUUGCAAACCUUGCAACAAACCAUGUACUUACGCUUGUGAUCAUAGAAAGUGUACCAAUACGUGUAGUCAACCAUGUAAACCGUGUAAACAACCGUGCGUCUGGCAGUGCCCUCAUUCAAAGUGUUCCAAAUUAUGUAGCGAAAUAUGCGACCGUCAAAAAUGUAGUCAACCAUGCAAAACGAUUCUAGGAUGUGGACACAUAUGUUCUGGAUAUUGUGGCGAGCCUUGUCCAGAUUUCUGUAUAGAAUGCAAACCAAAUCAGGUUCCGGACGAUAGGAGCUAUCUAUAUUCAAAAUUUUGUAAAACCGUAACCCUGAAGGAUUGUGGUCACACAUUUAUGGAUACAAUUUUAGAUGCAUAUAUGAGGAAAUCAAAAGAUGCUCUUGUUAUAAAAUGUCCAACCUGCAAAACAAUCAUUCAUAAACAUCCAAGAUAUGAUCGUGUCCUCAAAUGUAAAAAGCAGUUUAUGGAAGAAGCUAAGAGCAAGAUUUUGGAAAGGAAUACCGGUCGUCAAAUUACAUUUCCUUGUUAUAGUGGACACGUUGCCGAACUUAUAAAUACGUAUCUAAAAAGAUUUGCAACCUACAGACAAAUUGUUAAGUACUUGAAUUAUGAUCAAAACUUUGUUGACAAUUUAUCGUUUACAACUUGCAUUGCCAAUAGAAUACACGAUACUGUUAACAGGGAUUUAAGUCAUAUACAUAGUUUUGAAGACUUGUUUCAGGAAAUCUACAAAUUACAUACUCUUUGGGUCGUAACAAUAUGUUCAAGUAAACCGGACGUUUUGGAAGCCCCCCUUGACGACGAACGUGUUGCUGGACUUUUCAAAGACAGCAAAAAGCAUAGCCAUUUAAUUGACACUGAUGUUCUUCUUGAUAUAAAACAUGACUCCUUUACCGCUGCAGGAGCAAGACCAAAAGAUACAACAAAAACGACCAACAUUAGCAUUAAUGGGAACGAUGUAGUAAACUUGAUAAAAACACGAAUUGUUCGAGCUGAAUAUGAUCACCAACAUAUUGAUGAGUUACUUUCCCUUCUUAUCACAAGCCUUGACAGAAUUGAGGAGGAUGCGCAUUUAAUUAAUGCUAAAUCAUAUCCUGUCCUACGAGAUAAGAUGGGGAUUCAUCAGGAUGAGUGGGCCAUAUGCAGAAAAGGUCAUAUAUACUCUAUAACCAACGAUAGCAUAACGUGUUGUGUAUGCCGAGAAGCAAAGACUAAAAAGCAACCCAAAGAAUCCGUGGCACCAGACGUAACUAAAUUGGACUUUCAAAAAGAUACAAGGAGUUCCCAGAAACAAAUACAACUUUCCUGGUGCGAAAUUAGAAACCAAGUUUCAGACCAAACUCACUUUAAACAAGCACAAGACAGAUCGGUUGAAGGUAAAGAACAGAUGAAAGAAUCCAGAUUCGCAAUUAAUGAAAGAACAGUAAGAAGUAGUACACCCCAGAGAAGACCAAGAGGUAACUUUAGAGGUCGCUGUCGCUCAGCCAAUGAAGGAAAACGUGGAAAUCGUUCAAUGUCACUUAAUGAUUUUAUUACGCCGUUAUCUAGUGAACAUAUCAAAUUAAGCUCCCAUCCGAAUCAGUCAACUGGAAUUUCCGAUGAAUCACAGAACAUGAUGAGCGCAGAGGAACAAGAAGACUUUCCAACUUUGACUAAAAUUGAUAGGAAACCAGAAGGCAAUCUCAAAUUUUACUGUCCAAAGAAAGAUAAUCCGACCAUAGCAACCACAAAACAACAGAAACGAAAAAAGAGACGAUGAUUAUAUUCACAUUAUUAUAGUGAACCAUACUUUUGACAGCAGGAACAACCAAGUGUACAAAUACUUUUCGCUGUAAAUUUUUAAUUUAUAUUUGCUUUUCCUUCACGAAAUUCUAGUCAAUCAAAACUUCAACAUUAUAAUGUCAGAGUCAAAGAAACACAUAUAAGGGAGCAACCACUUAAGGGGGAGGGGGGGGGGGGCAGUUAUGAGUUUUUGUCUGAGUCAGAAAUCUUUUUUCGCCAACAUUUUUUUUUAGUUUUUCGACGCUAUCAAUCAAAUUAUUUUUUUUCAAAAUUUAACACUAUAAGGAAUGGCGAAAAUCUGGAUUCAGAAUUUAUUUUUGUCAUCUGCUUGACCACAAUUUUUUUUAGGGAAAAACCAUAACCCCCCGCCUCCCUUUCGGUUGUUCCCUAAUCUGGGGUAGAAUGUUGGUACACAUUUGUUAUCUUAUGUUUAUUUAAUGAAGCACUUGUGUGUAUCUGGAUGGAUUUUUACACAAUGUACUUAGUCUAGUUUUGCGUUGAUUGACAUUUUUUUUAAACAUUUAAACAAAUACUUGCAUUUCACUUAAUUUUUUUAUUACACGUUUUUUCAUUAUAUAAUUUCACUAAACUGAAAGAUAUGUACAUGUAUCUGUGCCUUAAUUAAUUUGUGUUACAUUUUCUUUGUCCUUUGAAUAUACAAUUUUCUGAUAAUUUAGUUUAUUCAAUGCACGAUAAAGAUGGUAUCUAAUUUAUGAACACCUUUUUGCAUAAACAAAAUAAAAUCGUGCCGGAGCGAAUGUUAAUAUUUAGCAACGGUUAUAAAUUGAUUUGUAAGUCACAAUACGGGAAAAUUCAGUUCUUUACAAAAAAAGUCCAUGGUUUUUGCAUUUUUAUUUUAUGGUCUUCAAAAAAGCACAAUUGGUAAAGCUCAGUAUAUUUUUCAAAAUUUCCAAAACAGACUAGUGUAGAAGGUAUUGCAGGGACUAAAUCUGAUAGAAAUUCAAAAGGUAUACAAUUGUUUGGAUAAUAUUCAUUCAAUAACUUAAAUCUACUAUGAUAUAAAAAAAUCUAAUUAAUUGAUCAUUUAUACAAUUUGUAUUAGUUUGCAUCUAGUGUUUUGUCUACUGUAGUUUGUCAAUUCGUCUUUUGCCAAAAAUAUGGGUCAUAAUUUUGCGAGAUUUUAUAUAAAAAUUGCCCUCCUUUUUAAUGACAUCCUGUAUUAAAAUGCAUUUAGUUUGAUAACUGUAUAUUGAUUUGGAGUAUUAUCUAUAUAUCAUAUAUAAAUAUGCUAUUGAGAAUCUUACAUUAUUAAAAGUCAAUUAUUGUAUUAAUUAAAUCAAUUAAUUUGAAAGUUCACCUUUCAAAUAAGUUCCCAAAUGAACCCCGGAACUUUAAAUAUUGUAUAUAAGUAUAGGCCAUUCUUUCUAAAAUAUUUAUAUAACUAUAGGUACUGAAUUUUAGUGAAUGUUAUAUUAAAAUGGGUACGUUUUUUGAGGCAAAAAUGGCACACCCCUACCAAAAUUAUAUCGAAGUUACCCCCCUGUGGUUAACAUGGGGCUGUAAAAUUCCACUUGCCGAAGAAAGACUGACACCACCAUUUCCAACAGAAAUCAAAGUAACUAACAAACACUAGUUACAGUUCACAAAAACACUACACUGACAACUAAAGACCCCAUCAAUAACCUAGGGUUGACUCAUGUGUUCCGGAUAAGUAAGCAGCACCUACUCUACUAGUGGCAGCCAUUGUGUUUCUUGUUUCAAUUAAAAUGCUUGUGAUAAGUUGCAUUCAGUAAUGUCAUAAAAAUUUACUCAAAAAACAAAUUACAUUUACAUACAUGUAUAUGGUUUAGACAUUAAUUGAUAAGAACUUCUUGGCUUAUUUUUAUUAUCUUUUAUAGACACAUUUUCUCAAAUCAUGAUUAAUUAUUUCAGUAAGAUAAGUUAGAUAGAUUCCAGUGUACUAUACAUGACAUAGAAGUUUAAUUCUACAGGAAAACUAAACAUUUUUCAUUUAGUACUGUCAAACUAAUAUGCAUUUGUUAUUUCUGCCAAUGAAAUGUCAAAUCACUAAAUCAGCAACCAUACAUCGUAAUGUUCUGAAGGGUCUCCUAAGAUUAUUUAGCUGAAUUAUACAUUCUCCUGGUCUGGUCUCUUAUUAUCUAAUUUAGAGAUAACAUCAGUUACCUGAAAGACAACCAUAUAUCAAAAACAUUACUUCUGUCAAAUGAUUUACAUUUAUAUAAUAGAAAAACAAAGGAUAUGGGGUACCCAUCCAUGACACAAAAUUAGUACAUGCACAGGAAAAAAAAACACAAAAAAAACCCACACACACAAAAAGCAAAGGAACAACGCUUUUAUUGCUGUUCUUCAUCUCAAAGUCUCAUUGAGGCCUUCAACACAGAGCAAAUAAACUUUUACCUCACUGCAAGUUUAAGACGGCCCCUUGCACCGGCUUAAGCGGAAUUCUUUGCAAAAAUAAUUCGGAUAGAUUGUGUAAGAUGUAACACCAUUAAAUCGGGCCCGGUCAAAAAAGAACGCACUAGAAAGUAGUGCAUGUUAAAAACAAAAUAGUUCCUACACAUAGGUGUAAAUAUCAAACUAUAUAGAAUAUAUUCUGAUAAUUUAGGUAUCAAAUGAAUGGUGAAGGACGGGUGAUCCUUGAAGAAUACAUUUUGACUGAUAAUUUUGAAUAGUACACAUUUUGACUGAUAAUUUUGAAUAGUACAAAAAUAUAUGAAUGAAUUCUAGAAUCGAGGGCAUAUACAUGUAUUGCCUGUUUGAUAGAUAUGAAGUACCUGGUUUGGUGUAUCCAAAAUUCCGAUAACCAGGGCCCUUGGCAAUAAAACUUUACUCAGUACUCGGAGUACAAAAUUUGUGCUCGAAAAACCAAAUCCAGUAUUUUGAUUGGUUGAUUUCUGAGUCCGAGUACAAUAAACGUGCUCGAAAGUUUUAUGAUCGUAAGGCCAGUACGGUCUGAUGUGUAAACAACGGUAAAUUGAUCCCGCUCCCAAUAAAUGUUUGAAAGUGACAAUAUUUUAACGUGGAUGUCUUUUAAAAUAGUAUGCAAGAAUAGUAGCAAGAUGUAAGUGAUUACAAAAUAGAAAGUUUUCCUGUAAAAGAAGUGACAAUAUUAAUUCAAUUUACGGAGAUAUAUCAGCACUAUGUCAUCCAUUGUAGUUUUGAAGUAUAAAGAAAUAUUCUCAUGAAAUAGUCUUGUAAAAAAAUAAAAAUAAAAAUGACGCGAGAACAUUGUUCUUGUUUUAUUUGUAUUUCAAUACAAUUUCAUUACAUAUG